UCGUCUCCAACCUUUUUGUGCGCCACAAACGGAACGAGAGAGAGAGAGAGAGAGAGAGAGAGGGGGGGGGAUGGAAAAGGAGAUUGGAAAGAGGAAGGCAUCAAAAUCAAUCGGUAGGUCAAGAAAAGGGUGCAUGAAAGGGAAAGGCGGGCCGGAGAAUGCCAGCUGCAGCUUCAGAGGAGUGAGGCAGAGGACUUGGGGGAAGUGGGUGGCCGAAAUCCGCGAGCCCAACCGCGGCGCCCGGCUGUGGCUCGGCACUUUCAACACCUCCCUCGAGGCCGCCUCCGCCUACGACGCUGCCGCUUUGAAGCUCUACGGUCCCUCCGCCAAGCUCAACUUGCCGUCUGACCGCCACCACCGCCCUCCAGCCGGUGACGCCGUGGAGCCGAACCUCCCGAGCGCAAACAAGGGUGUUCAACUGAACACUCUCCCACAAGAGUGCAGGCCACAGUGCCAUGUAGAGGAAGAGUACCCUACGAGUGGCGAUAUCGUAGCUAAUUCUGCGUUCAGCGACGCAAAAAGCGGAGGAGGAGGGUAUUUGUGGGAGAGUAGCUUGUGUCCGAUUGACGAUGCGCAGAUGAUUCCCGAUUGGCCUGAUGUAAUGGUUGAGAGUGAUUUCUACUGGAAUAGUACUACUAGUACUGAUCUUUUGGGAGCUUUCAUGGAGAGCAAUGAGGAGAUCAUGGACUGGGAUGGGUUGCAAGAAGUUCCAUGGAGCUUAUGAUUGAUGAAGAACAACAAAACUCGGCUGCGGAUACUUGCUCUGUAUAUUAGUACUUGUAAGGUAUUAAUUUUUUUUUAUUUUAUUUUAUAAACGGAUGUCCAGAUCAGCUUGUGCACAUUUUAACGAAUCUAUGGUCGCCUUUGAUGUACUGAGUGAGGGUGAUUUCUACUGGAAUAGUACUAGUGGUUUGGGAAUUUUAAUGGAGAGUGAUGAGGAAGUCAUAGACUGGGAUGUGUUGCAAGAAGUUCCAUGCAGCUUCUGAUUUGUGCAAUGUGGUAUAGUAGAAAGUAAU